ACUGACUGCUCACUGACGUAAAACUGCCGUAAAGCCUCAGUUCACGGCAGUAACGUUCGGGUUCCGCUUAGAGUGUCACACAGCAAAACAUCUAAAGUGUUUCACCCGCUGGACUUCCAGGUUUCCAGCUGCUCAUCAUCCAGACACGUGUCGGCUGCUAGCAAGAUGAAGACGAAGAAGCAGCCCAACAUUCUGCUCACAGGGACCCCUGGAGUUGGAAAAACCACAUUAGGAAAGGAGCUGGCCCAGCGCACAGGUCUGACGUAUAUUAAUGUAGGAGACCUUGCCCAGGAAGGACAACUAUAUGAUGGCUAUGAUGAAGAGUACCAGUGCCCCAUUUUGGAUGAGGACAGGGUGGUGGAUGAGCUGGAUGAAAAGAUGAUUGAAGGUGGUGUGAUCGUUGACUAUCAUGGCUGUGAUCUGUUCCCUGAACGCUGGUUCAACAUAGUUUUUGUUCUCCGCACAGACAACACCCAGCUGUACUCUCGCCUAGAGGGCAGGGGCUACACAGGAAAAAAGCUGCAGGACAAUGUGCAGUGUGAGAUCUUCCAGACCAUCUACGAGGAGGCCAUGGAUGCCUACAGUAAGGAGAUUGUCCACCAACUACCCAGCAAUACUCCUGAGGACCUAGAGCACAACCUGGAGCAGAUAGUGCAAUGGACUGAACAGUGGAUGAAGGACCAUAACUAGGAUGUGACCUCAACAAAAGUUGACAAUUAAAACCUGAAUUGUACUUGUUUUUGAACGUGCAUUUAUUGUCAUACAGCACUAUGCAAAAGUCUUGAACCACCCUUCAUGCCUUUAUAUUUUGCUUCCAGAGAGCCAGACUUUCUUGUAAUUGUUCUUGAGCAGUAGUUCUCCAGCUUUCUGAAGGUCUUUCAGAACAGUGUUGGACAGUGGCUGCUUUUUUACUCAUUUUCAGUCAAGUCCUUGUACCAUUUUUGAAAGGAAUGUUUUUUGUUUAACUGCUUUAGCACUGUCCUAUGAAUCAUUCAAGCAUAAAAAUCUACUGAACUCAA